AUGCUCUCCGAGUCCGCUUCCUCAGGCCAUUACCCCGACAGAGAUGCCAUCAGCCAGACGGCCGAGCUUGAUUCCCCGCCUGAUCCUCGCUCCGUGCGGGGAUCUUGCGUCGCAGUUUAUGCUCCCCGCUUCCUGAGACCCCCCCCCCCCCCCCGCGCUUCGGAGACCAAGCCCCCGAGAUCUGUUGGCAACCGUCGAUACUGCGCCAUAUGUGAACAGCUUACACUGCAGGCCCCCAAGACACCAUACAACCAGACACUGCAGGCCCCCAAGACACCAUACAACCAGACACUGCAGGCCCCCAAGACACCAUACAACCAGACACUGCAGGCCCCCAAGACACCAUACAUCCAGACACUGCAGGCCCCCAAGACACCAUACAACCAGACACUGCAGGCCCCCAAGACACCAUACAACCAGACACUGCAGUCCCCCAAGACACCAUACAACCAGACACUGCAGGCCCCCAAGACACCAUACAACCAGACACUGCAGGCCCCCAAGACACCAUACAUCCAGACACUGCAGGCCCCCAAGACACCAUACAACCAGACAUUGCAAUCCCCCAAGACACCAUACAAUCAGACACUACAGUCCACCGAAACACCAUACAACCAGACACUGCAGUCCCCCAAGACACCAUACAACCAGACACUGCAGGCCCCCAAGACACCAUACAACCAGGACACUGCAGGCCCCCAAGGACACCAUACAACCAGACACUGCAGGCCCCCCAAGACACCAUACAACCAGACACUGCAGUCCCCCAAGACACCAUACAACCAGACACUGCAGGCCCCCAAGACACCAUACAACCAGACACUGCAGGCCCCCAAGACACCAUACAACCAGACACUGCAGGCCCCCAAGACACCAUACAACCAGACACUGCAGCCCCCAAGACACCAUACAAUCCAGACACUGCAGGCCCCCAAGACACCAUACAACCAGACACUGCAGUCCCCCAAGACACCAUACAACCAGACACUGCAGGCCCCCAAGACACCAUACAACCAGACACUGCAGGCCCCCAAGACACAUACAACCAUACACUGCAGGCCCCCAAGACACCAUAACAACCAGACACUGCAAUCCCCCAAGACACCAUACAAUCAGACACUACAGUCCACCGAAACACCAUACAACCAGGCCCCCAAGACACCAUACAACCACACACUGCAGGCCCCCAAGACACCAUACAACCAGACACUGCAGGCCCCCAAGACACCAUACAACCAGACACUGCAGGCCCCCCAAGACACCAGACACUGCAGGCCCCCAGACACCAUACAAUCAGACACUACAGUCCACCGAAACACCAUACAACCAGGCAUCGCCCCCAAGACACCAUACAACCAGACACUGCAGUCCCCCAAGACACCAUACAUCCAGACACUGCAGGCCCCCAAGACACCAUACAACCAGACACUGCAGGCCCCCAGACACCAUACAAUCAGACACAACCAGACACAGCAGGCCCCCAAGACAUCAUACAACCAGACACUGCAAUUCCCCAAGACACCAUACAAUCAGACACUACAGUCCACCGAAACACCAUACAACCAGACACUGCAGGCCCCCAAGACACCAUACAACCAGACACUGCAGGCCCCCAAGACAUCAUACAACCAGACACUGCAAUUCCCCAAGACACCAUACAAUCAGACACUACAGUCCACCGAAACACCAUGCAACCAGACACUGCAGGCCCCCAAGACACCAUACAACCAGACACUGGAGACCCUUAAGACACCAUACAACCAGACACUGCAGGCCCCCAAGACACCAUACAACCAGACACUGCAGGCCCCCAAGACACCAUACAACCAGACACUGCAGGCCCCCAAGACAUCAUACAACCAGACACUGCAAUCCCCCAAGACACCAUUCAAUCAGACACUACAGUCCACCGAAACACCAUACAACCGGGCGGUGCACUUUACUAGGAAACACCAACGAAAACCCAUCAGCAAGACACACCGAGUACUGUACUCCAAGCACCAGUUCUCUCCGUCCCUAGCUUGUCUGAAGAUUAAAAGCUGA